CUCUCUUUCUUUUACACACACACACACUACCACUCCCUGAAGUGUCUCCUCCUCCUCUCUCCUUUCUCCUCCUCCUCGUCUCUCCUCUGUCCUCUCUGCACAUCCUCUCAGCCGAAGCAUCACUUCUCCAGUCUCAGUUUGUGCCACUGAUUACAAGCAAAAAGCCAAAGUGGAGGAAAAGUGUUAAAUUCUAUCAGAAGCACAACUUGCCAUCGAUUGGAGCGAGAGGGAAUUCCAGCGGCAGACGCCGUUGAGUUAAAGCUCGUGCCUGGCUGUAGAUUGUAGUGAUGAGUCGGCGGGAGGCGUUAGUGGGGAACCCGGUGCCAAGUGCUGCGCCGGAGGUUCGGGUCAACGGUACCGAGUCGUCCUCUCCCGGAGCGGCCGCGCCCAAAGAUGAGGCUUUCUCUAAACUCAAGGACAAGUUCAUGAACGAACUCAACAAAAUCCCACUGCCAUCAUGGGCCAUCGUGGCCAUUGCGUUCGUGGCCGUGGUCCUCGUUGUGUCCUGCUGCUUCUGCAUCUGCAAAAAGUGGAUAUUCAAGAAGAAGAACAAGAAAAAGGGCAAGGACAAGGGCAAGAACGCCAUCAACAUGAAGGACGUGAUCGAGGGAGCCAAGACGGAGGCUCUGAAGGACGAAGACGAAGUGGAGACCGGACUCUCGGAGGGCGAAAAGGAAGCCGAGCCUAAGGAGCAGGAAAAACUGGGCAAAUUGCAAUACUCACUGGAUUAUAAUUUCACAGAGAACACGCUGAUCGUGGGGAUCAUCCAGGCGGCCGAGCUACCUGCCAUGGACAUGGGCGGGACUUCUGACCCCUAUGUGAAGGUCUACCUGCUGCCUGAUAAGAAGAAGAAGUUUGAGACCAAAGUGCACAGGAAGACUCUCAACCCCACCUUCAACGAGCAGUUCACCUUCAAGGUUCCGUACACAGAGCUAGGAGGAAAGACGCUGGUGAUGACGGUGUACGAUUUCGACCGCUUCUCCAAACACGACGCCAUCGGAGACGUUAAAGUGCCAAUGAACAAGGUGGACUUCAGUCAUGUGACCGAGGAGUGGCGGGAUCUCCAGAGCGCCGAGAAGGAGGAACAAGAGAAGCUGGGUGAUAUCUGCUUCUCUCUGCGCUACGUUCCCACCGCUGGAAAACUCACCGUCGUCAUCCUGGAGGCCAAGAACCUGAAGAAGAUGGACGUUGGAGGUCUCUCAGACCCGUACGUGAAGAUCCAUCUGAUGCAGAACGGGAAACGUCUGAAGAAGAAAAAGACGACAAUCAAAAAGAACACCCUAAACCCCUACUACAAUGAGUCCUUCAGCUUCGAAGUGCCAUUCGAACAAAUCCAGAAAGUUCAAAUCGUUAUAACCGUUCUGGACUAUGACAAGAUCGGCAAAAACGAUGCUAUCGGUAAAGUUUUCGUAGGGCUGAACAGCACAGGAACCGAGCUUCGCCAUUGGUCGGAUAUGUUGGCCAACCCCCGGAGACCCAUCGCCCAGUGGCACGUGCUCAAGCCGGAGGAAGAAGUGGACGCCCAGCUGUCCACCAAAAAAUAAAGCUCUGCCCCCUUUAGCCAUUAACCCCACCCCUUUUAGUGGUCCUAUCCCAGUGCGUGUACAUACCUCAGUGAUGUAUGGAUCCUUUACACCCUCUUAAAUCUUCUUCUUCUUGUCUGGCAAUGAAACGCCUUGUUUUAUAAUAGCUGUCGCCGUUUGACCGCCCACUUGCCCCAACACACACACACACAUACACACACACAUACACACCCCUCGAGUUGUGUUUAGCAUUCCUUCCUGUCUUUGCCCGCUGUUUUGACCAUCAUCCAUGACCUUUAACCCCCUUAAACCCUUCUUUUAAGCAAUAUGAUCUGUGUAGAUAGCGCAUGAAUGGAAAAAAACGUGUACCACAGGUGUAUAUAUCCGUAUGCAGACAAAAAAAUACGAUUUCUAGUUUGUGUUUGUAUGUUGUUACCUGUUUCCUAAUCUGUGUAUAUCUUGAUGUUUUUACUAAGAUAUUCUAUUUUAAAUGAUGUAAAUGCAGAUAUAGCAGAGCCAAUAUUAUAUAGAAUAACAGCAGGAGUUACCAUAUCUAUCUUAUUGCAUUCCAGUUAAAUAUAUACAUAUAUACAUCUAUAUAUUUCAUAUAUAAUGUAUAUUUGAAAGAAUUUCAACCUGCGAGUGGACGCGAGUUUAAGGGGUAUUUCAAAAGAGAAAAAAAAACCAAACUUUCCAAACGCUUAAAGAACGAUUGGAGAUCGACGGGAGAAGGCGGAGAAACCCCGUAUAAAGCGGAACACUGUAAUAUAAAUGUAUAACAUCUUCAGUAUAUUACAUUUUAGUAUGGAAAUAUAGGCCAUUAACUGAUAUGGUUCAGUCGGAAAUAUAUGCAGGAAGUUCUACAAGCACAUGACUUCUAUUUUUUUCUUCUCGUUGUUUUAGCAGCUCCUUAAUUUCCCUGAAUCCUCAAUCUGAACCUUAAUCUGAAUCUUUUCUCCUAAAGCCCAAGCAUGAAGAAAAUCUCCCUCCAAGCGUAGCCAUUUGAUCCCAGCGCUUUUUACCUUACCUUCAUUCGUUAAACUUCCUUAACAGACUUCGUUCCCUUUGUUAAAGACUCUAGCUUUGAAAUUAAUAUUUUUGGUAACUGCAUGUUUUUUUAAAUUCUACUUUAUUCUACACCGUCAGGCCUUUAGCCGUAAGGGGAAGAAAACAAAAUCAAAAGUUCUGCGUUUUUUAAACGAUCGGAUGCUGAUUUCUUUCGAAAAGUCGGUAGGGAAUAAUAAAAAUACCGACUCUAAGAGACGAGCUUUUAAACACUGCCAUUAUUUUCAGGGAGGUGAGAAACGUACCUGAUUUCUCCUCAUGCACACUCAGCUCCACUGGCUGUAGCUUUCGGUUCUUUGGGAACAAGUAAAAAAAAAAACCAUUACUUUGGCCUUGAAGGUGCAAGAUGGAAGUUUUCCGUUGCCUCUUUACGCAGUGACGAUAGCCUUAGCCAUGCUUUUACUGCCAAGCUCAAGCUCCUUUACUGAAUGGCUACUGAUUUGCACUGGAGUUCGGAACAACAGAAAUAAACACACUCUGGAUGAUGAAUUUAUUUUAUAAAUUAAUUGAUUUCUUUCUUUUUUUAAUGAAACUGGAGAAGGUUCUUAGUUCUAAGUAACUUGAAUCAAUAUUCAGUCGAAAAGUCACAACUUUUAAAUGAAUAGAAACGUUUUGUGGAUAACAUAUCUGAAAUAAUCAUAAAAAGAAUAAAAAUAAUAAUAAUAGUUAUGAAAGUGUUCAGAGGUGACGUUUCAGCCGGUCAGUACCAAAACACCAAUUCACACAAAAUUCGAAAAUAACAAACCGGCCAAUAAAAACAAGUGAAACUGAUCGACUCGCUUAUCAGGAGGUCAUGACAGCACGUGUAAAUUCUGUACAUAUUCAAGUUCGCCAUCAGGAAAUCUGUUCAAGCUUCCUCCGUGCGUUCGUCCCCGAAAAAUAAAACUCAAACUUUCGCUGUUUUCAGGAUCGACAGGUUGAAGAAGAAGAAGGUUAAUUCAAGACACGUUUCUUUCUCAGGCCUUUUUUUUUUGUUUUGUUUUUUUUUUUUAAAAAAACUUAACCGUAAAAGUUAAUGGUCUGCACGUAUUAGUCCAUAACGUCCUUUAGUACAGGUUUAACCUAACGAGACGGUCUCACCCGCGCAAAUCUGUAGGAAUUCCUAACAAAUCCAAUAGGCUUUAAUUAAUAAUAGAAAACAGUCAGCUGUUUCACUACGAAAUAUUUCAGUAGUUUACGAUGGAAAUUGCUUUACGUUAAACUCAAUUUCAGUACAAAUUUAUUUAGUUGAGUUUCUACACAUUUUGUGAAAUGCAAAUUUUGCUGUUUCCUGAAUCUAAUUUCAGUAGAAUUGCGAAUUUACGAUUUAUAAAUUUACACAAAUUUGUCAUAAUUGCAACAUUAAAGAAUAUAUGAACUUGAACAAAAUUCAUAUCAAUCGAUUCAAAGUUCAUCUAAGGAAACAAAUUUGACCCAGCUCAUAACGAACAUCUCCGAGGUGACAUGAUUUAUUGAUUAUAAAUUGAUUCAUACAAUUUUUAUGCUGCAGAGGAUUAACAAUUUCGAUGUAGCAUUUAAAGAAAAGCGGUGUGCGGUUAUUACUAGCACGUGAGGUGAAGAUAGCGAGAGUAAAAAAAAAACGUAUCUUCUGUUGUACGAAAUCCAAAUUUGUCAGAAUUCUUACAAAUUUGUUUCCCGUGAGACGUCGUGCGACAAGAGGAUGAAGCAACAAGCAUCGGUCCAUUCCAACCAUUUAAACCUCUCGUCAUGGAGGAACCUCUUUAUGUAUCCUAGACGCUAGCUUCAGGAGGAGUUUCUAAAUGUUUUCAAUGUUAUCGUGUAGGUGAUUAAAAAAAUAAAAAUAAAAAAAGAUAGCGAACGAACGCUCGUGGUCAUUCCAUAGACGUGUCUGAGGACUGCUUUGUGUAUCACUGUGACUGCCGUGUGUGUGCGUGCCGUAGAGGUGUAGACUUUAUCGAUAACUAUCUGUAGUGUAGUGUGUCGUGCCGCCAUUUUUGUCCUCGCUACACACCGAGAGUCACGUGGAGUCACGUGGAGGCGUAGCGCUCGAGUGCAGCUUUCUCGGCCAUCCGUCUCUCGGGUUUCCGUUUUGUUUUUGAGCACUGUGCAAUACUUCUACGUUCAUCCCCAUAGUGUUACGUGGGUGAUGGUGCCCGAGAACGAAGAUUAGAAAAUAAAAAUGAUCUGUAGAUGAUAUAAUCACCACGUCAGUAGGACGCAGCACAUGUAGAUGGUGUGUAUAUAUUCUAUCUGAGCUCAACAUCUAAUGUUAAGGCUUCCUCCCUUUUCUUUACUUUACUUUCUUCUUUUCCCCAAACACACAGAUCCAGCCAUCUAAUUACCACAGAUCUAUCAAAAAUAUUAGAGUAUAAAUAUAUAUAAAUAUAAAUAAACACAUAUAUAUAUUAUAUAUACAAAUAUAUACAUAUAUAUAUAUAUAUAUAUAUAUAUAUAUAUAUAUAUAUAUAUAAAAACCCCAGUCCCCGCCAAAAAAAAAAAAAAAAAAAAUCCAAAAUAUGUGUAUAUAUUUUUAUAUUUGCGUUCACAAACAGCGUAAAAAAAAACUGAGAAAUGUAUGGUUAUCUGUUUGGGUAUGGAUCGCUGAUAUGAUUAUUGAUUUGGUUCUUAAUGUCGUUAGAUGAUUAUUCUGGUUAUUCUCGUUCCUUUUCAGUGCCCUUUUAUAUUUAAUAUCAGACUCAGAAUGUACAGUUCGGACUGUGUGUGUUUUAUUAUUUGGGACCAAGUAUAUAGUCGACACUUUUGUUUCCUUCUGGAUUUCUUUUUUUGUUUUUUGUUUUUUGAUUCAAUGUUGCAAUAAAUAUCGAUUCGAUCUCAUCGAGUUAGGACACGGCUUAUUAAAGACAUAUAAUCACCAUGUAAUUAUACGAUGUAACCUCAAUCCUUUAUAUUGUCGAUAUCUAAACGUUUAGGGGGAAAAAGUAGGUUUACGUUUAUGAAACCAGGGUUAUUUCUUUUUUUCCGUUCGUUUCUGACGCAGCACGCUAAUUUCUACACGAUUAGACAAAUUAGAUGCAGUAAGAACAGUAAGAGGCGGCAUUGCGAUUUGCACUGUAAAGUAAAAAGUGAUAAAAAGCCAUUUUUAGCCCUGCAAAGCAAUGCUGACUUUUACUGCAGCCUACCAAAGCAUGCAACACACACACACACACACACACACACCGUGGUCUCUUUAACAAAAAUUUGUCUGAAUUCUGACAAGUCGGCUCAUUGGGGUUAUGGUGGAGCUGCAGGUCAUCCGCAUACACUAACCUGGUCACAUCACCUGAGAAGAGACUACUUCUCCUGCAUGAAACUUUUCUUCUGCCUAAAUCACGACAAAGCAAUUCCACAAAAUACAAACGAACACAAAUAUUACAUUUACAUCCAGUUUAUUCUGAAAAUCUGCUUCUUCACUAAAACUAUUAACUAAAACUCCCUCAUUAGAAAUUGUGAUUAGAAAUUUGGAGCUGAUUCUGUAAAAUACAAACCGAGUGUAAAAGCUGAAGAAUCUGUUUGUACUCACUUUAAACAUAAAAAAAAAAGAAAUGUCUAAACAUUUAAAAUAGAGUUUUCAAAAACUUAAACGUGAAAAAACUGAGAUUUAAAAUGUUCAAAUUAAAAGGUUCAAAAUGGUAAAUUAAAAUUGAGGCGGAGUUUAAACUGGAUUUCUUUGGUACAAUGUUUUUAAUCAACACACAAAUAUCACGUGACGCAAAACAAUUCUUUCAAAUUUUGCGAGAGAAAAGACUCGAUCCUCAUCUCUCACUUUCUACUGCGAUCGACUUUAUAAGAAAAUACGUCGUAUCACGAUUGUCGAGAAUUCACAUUUACAAAUGUAAGCUUUAAAGACGUAAAUGUAAUUUACAGAAUUUAGAAAUUUGAUUUUCUGAAUAUGGAAAAUACGGAAAAUUACUUACCAAAAUGAUGCUGUUCAAAAACACUCUUCAUCGAAACAGAACUGGAUAUCAUGGUCACCAGAAAUCUGGGAGAAAUUGUUGUGAAAAAGAGACGCUUUACAAGCACAAAAUUCGUUGUCCUCGAUUUGAUUACACUAGCACCUGAAAAGCUACGUACUUCCAGCACAAGGGGAGGCGGAGUCAGCGGUUAGGACAAGACGACUUGUCAGAAUUCUUAUGGUUUCCUUGUGAGAUGGUUCUGAUGAAACACAAACAUUUGUGCCACUCAUUUGCUCGGUGAGAAAAAGCCACACUCUGGACGAGAACCUUGUAUAGAAAUUAGAAUCGGAUGCUGUAGAAAGAUCCCAGUUGCCUUUGUGUAUAUCGACUGCCUGCUUUUGUGUGUGGAAAUUUUCUCUGUAACUUGUAGAGUGUUUUUUCCUCUUCUCUUUUUAUUUCUCUCUCUCUCUCUCUCUCUCUCUCUCUCUCUUCUCUAUCUUUUCCCUGCCAUAAAUCUGGGUUCUACGGUUCUAUUGCGUGUGUAAACCUUCAUUUUUCGACGAGGUGUUUUACGAUUGCGUUCGACUUUGUGUAGUGAUUCACUCUGUGAAGUUUCUGACUGUUGUUAUAUAACUUCAUAUACACAAAAUGUUCAAUAAAAAUGUUUUA